UAUCGACGCCUGAGAACGGACAGUCUGGCAGCAGCAGAGGCUUGCAAUGAAGACAAUGCGCCCGGUGAGGCGGAGAAGUAUGCCUUUCCAAUCUCUCGCGUGCCAUUGAUCUCAUCAGCGCGUAGCCUGCAGAGAGAAGUGAGGGGGAGGAGGAUGCGGAGUCUCAACGUUGAGGACUUCCUUGCAGGUAGAGUGAGACAUUGUCUGACAUGUGAAUGUGGGCGGGUAUGUGUGGCUGGUGCAGUGGAGACCUCCGAGACGCCAGAACGCAACCAGGGUAAACACAGGAGAACGCCGAUACCACGUCAAAUUGCCCGAUGGUUAUCGUGGGCGGCGGGACCAGGGCGAGCUAGAGCCACUCGAUCGCCAGGUUGCAGUUUGGAAGAGACGAGGUCGCGGGUCGCCGCGUGGAUGAGUGACCGGCCAGGCAGGGCUAGGAGAGAGUGGCGACGUGUUGUGGGUUUCCCCUCUCGUCAGGCCCUACCCGUUAGCUUGCUUGCCUGCUUGGUUCCCGGGGUGUCAACGAUGAUUCUCACCGGCCAUUAUACAAAGACAGGCAUCGCGGUCCAGCGAGAGCCGCGGCAGCGGGGGGCAAGGGGGCGAGAGCGCAAGCUCCCAUUCCAACAAUAAGAGGCUGGCCCAGAUGAAGAUGGGGCCCAGGGGU